GCGGAACGCUCGGGCGCGGAGGGUGGUAUAUACACCCGCCCCCAGGCAUGGACCAUUCCCCCCGCGAGCGGUUAGAGUUUGCGAGAAGACACGCGAUUGUCCCAGAUAGCCAGCCAUCGAGGCCAUCGGCAAUUCGUUCAAGGAUUACUUCGAUCAGCGCAAGAGCGAGCAGAACAAGGGCCAGGAACUCGCAGGCCCCGCAUCCCAAACCGUUUUCGCAAUUCUAGCCGUUAUCGUCAGCUUCAAGUUCAAGGAUGUUUCGCUACGGAUGCAAGCGGUCUCAGCAGGCUGCAGAAGGCUUGCGCUCAUGAUGCAGAGGUCGUCGCGGCUGGAGAUGUCAGCGUGGGCGCGGGGGCCGGUGGCCCCACCGACCUACGGCAAGCCGAACACCGAGCAGAAGUCUCGCAUUACGUUCGCGCUGCACGGAAACAUUCUGCUCCCGUGCGAAGACGAGGUCGUGACCGAACACAAGCAGAGGUUCAAGGACGCGGUCGCGGCCAACACCAACUACAAAAAGGCGGAUGACGAGCCCGAUCGUGGACUCCGGCGUGGAGCGGGUGCUCCCCGCCACCAGCGCCGCGAUGCAGGGAAAGCGAUCCAUGGCGAGGCGGGCCAUCGCGUCCUUUCAGGCCGGCCGGCUCGAGGUCCUUGAGGUUUACGGGCUCGGGCACCUCGCCGAUUCUGGCUGGGCCGGCCCAUUCUGGGCCUGGGAUUUUCGGCGUACUUUGGUCAUGAAGCGCACGGGUCUUCACUGCCGUCUGGAGGGGGAAUCAUAUUACACACUGAUAACA